UUGUGUCCCGCACGUACACACACACACACACACAGUGUCAAAGAUCCUAUAGCUCUGCUAUAGGAUCUUUGCACAGUGUUGUUUCACUUCGCUUUCAGAGCUGCUCGGCCAUGCAGCCGCGCUGGGAUGCGGCGCUGUUGGUGACAGCGGCUAUCUGCUUCCUUCCAGCGGGGUCCGGCAUCGGACUUUACUCGCAGAGCGACCAGGUCGCCAUCCUCAACCAUGCCAAUCUGGACGGCAUCCUGUACAACUCCAGCACUGCAUGGGCAGUGGAGUUCUACGCCUCUUGGUGCGGGCACUGCAUAAGCUUCGCCCCGGUGUGGAAAGCGCUGGCGAAUGAUAUCAAAGAGUGGAGGCCGGCGGUGGGCCUAGCUGUCGUCAACUGCGCCAACGUGAGGAAUAGGCAACUGUGUCUGAGGUUUGAUGUGAAGUCGUAUCCCACGAUAAAGCUGUUCAAAGCAUUUUCUGCACCGUUUUUCAAAGGAGAUCCUUACAAAGGUUCUGAACGCGGUGUGUUAGAGCUGCGACACAAUUUAAUUAAUUACCUGGAGAAUCACGGAGAGAAUGAAUGGCCCCCAUCAUGUCCUCCAUUGGAGCCAGCCAGUUUGGCAGAGAUUCAGAGCUUCUUUGUUGCCAAUGACGUCCAGUAUCUGGCACUUAUCUUUGAAGAGGAGACAUCGUACAUUGGCCGAGAGGUGACCUUGGACAUGCUGCAGUUUGAGAGCAUUGCCGUGCGAAGGGUCUUGCCAAGUGAAGAGAGCCUCAUGCAGCUGUUGGGUGUACACACACUUCCAUCUCUCUACCUGUACUUCAAAGAUAACACGCACCAAGCGAUCUCCGUGAAAAUGGAGACGCGCAUCUUCUACACAUACUACCUCCGCCGGCUGCCGGGAGUGACGCGAGGAGCUUACAAGCUGAUGGUGAACAACUCGGCUGACCAGGCCACAAUGGAGCCAUGGAAAGACUUCAACAGCUCCAGAGUGUACAUGAGUGACCUAGAGUCUGCACUUUACUACUCCCUCAGGAUGGAAGUGGGGAAACAUCAGAAGCUAUCGGGAGACACCCUUACUGCAUUGCAACACUUCAUCGCUGUUCUCACUAAGCUCUUUCCUGGGCGACCGUUCAUUAUGAAGGUGCUUCAGAUCACCGACACCUGGCUGGCAAAUGUUGGCACAGAGAACAUCACCUUUCGUGCCCUUACAGAUGUGCUGGACAACAAGAAUGAAACAUCUGGAGCCAUCUUGCCUGACAGAGUGAGUUGGGUGGGUUGCCAAGGCAGUAGACCACACUUCCGAGGAUACCCUUGUUCCGUAUGGACUCUGUUCCACCUCCUAACAGUGCAGGCUGCAAAGCAGAAUGAAUCAAUGGUACUUGCAGGACAAAGUGUUGAGACUGAUCCUCUGGAGGUCCUGCAUGCCUUGAGGCAGUACGUCAAGCAUUUCUUUGGAUGCAGGGUGUGCGCCAGCCAUUUUGAAGCCAUGGCAGCGGAAUCCAUGGACCGCGUCAACAGCUUCAACCAGGCUGUCCUGUGGCUGUGGUCUCGUCACAAUCAUGUCAACAACAGGCUGGCAGGUGCUUUAAGUGAGGAUCCAAAGUUCCCAAAGCUUCAAUGGCCACCUCCUGACAUGUGUGUGGAAUGUCACAUUGAUGCCAAUGGACACCAUAUGUGGGCCAAAGAUGCGCUGCUGAACUUCCUCCAUGGGUAUUACUCUCCAGAUAACAUAGACUACAGUUAUCUGGAAGAAGAGGAGGCACUCCUGGAGAGGCAGAAGGCAAGGGAAGGUACUUGGAAGGACCAAGUGAAGCCUGACCCAGAAGAAGAGGAGGAGAAGAAGGAGAAAGGAAAAGACCCAGGCAAGGAAGAAGGAGAAAGCAAGGAGCCACCUACGAUGCGUGAAGAACAACGGGUCAACCACACAGUAGUGAGGAGGAUCAGGAGUCAGAAGAGGACUUUUGUCAAGUGGAAACGUACAACUAGGAUGGAAGUAGAUGACAUACUUGACCUGGACUCAAUCGUGAAUGAACAAUACAAAAAUCAAGCUAAGUCCAGGACUGAAAACAAGAGAACUAACCUGGAGAACAACCGAUACCAUGGACCCAAAUUGCAUCUGCAGUCCAUUGAUGACUCUGAUUUUUACGAUGUACCUGUGUUUAGAGAGAGGUUGCAGAAUUGGGUGGUGGGGAGUAGGCAGCUCUGGGACCAAGUCAGUCCUAAGAAGAAAUGGAUGAAUAUGAUGGGAGUGAACCUCUCCCACGUGGAUACAGGCCUGUGUGUGCUGUUAUACUGCUUGUCCGCCCUAUGUCUCCUCUCCAUGUACCUCUACUUUAGAGUGAAGUUCCGCUGGUGGAAAUGGAAAUAUUGGUUCACUUCUGUCCCUGCUGGUGUACAACAUAGCAAGGAAAGGAAGUGGUGAAGUAACGAUCCUACAGGCCACAGGGAGUGCAAUGAUAGAUAUUUCUGCUGAGAUUAAUAGAUACAGAAGAUCUUGCAUUAGAAAUAAUUUAGAAUAUCAGUAACCUAGCUGGAAAAACACCAUUACAUUAGGGUCACCUGCGAAUUAAUUAUCAUGACGACACUUGAUCACAAAAUAAGGAAUUUCAAAUCUAGACGAUUUACUAAGUAAAACUUAAAAUGGUGGAGUAACCCGGUGGGUCAGGGAAUGGAUAGGCGACAUUUUGGCUCGGGAUCCUUCUUCACACUGAGUCUUUCGUUUCUGUCGCUCACAUAUUCCACCCUGACUUGCUCACUCUAGAAAGGUAAAAUACUGAGAUUCCAAUCUAUCUCCCUAUGACAAUUCUCCAUUGAUUUUGCAAGGGGCUUCUUUUUGGUAAGGCACUUUGGGACAUUUGCACGCCUUAACUCUGAGAAUACCACCAAACUCUGCAAAGGGAGACCUAAAAUUUGUGCAUCUAUACCAAAUUUAUUUUUGAAAGUCUUUGGGCCAUAUUUAGCUGUUCCCAUAUUAAGGCACAUUGGAUCACCCCAGCAAGAGUUGGUGAGAAAAGUAGGCAAGGGGACAGAAUCACUGAGAUUAUCUUUACAGGAGCAGAUAGGCUUUAAGGGUGGCACAGUGGUGCAGCGGUAGACCUGCUCUGACUGAUGAAGGCCAAUGUGCCAAAGGCCUUUUUGACCGCCCUAUCUACCUGUGACGCCACCUUCAAGGAACUAUGUACCUGCACUACUAGAUCCCAGAGCUAUACCAUCCACGUUGUAGGUCCUACUCUUAUUAGUCUUUCCAAAAUGCAACACCUCAUAUUUCACUAAUAUCAAAAGGAAUGCCGAUGAAAUUACACGUGAUAGACACAAAAUGCUGGAGUAACUCAGGUCAGGCAGCAUCUCUGGAGAGAAGGAAUGGGUGAGAUCCUUCUUCAGACUCUUCAGCAGAAUAAUAUAAUAUCUUUUGAGCUGUUAGAACAAGAUCCUGGUUCUCAUCUCAGGUAAACUUAAAAUAUUCCUUUGCAAUACUCAAAGAAGAAGUCAUCAUUUCCCACCAACCAAUAGAUUCUUUUUUUUACAUGUGGCCUUUGUUUAUUGCCCAAUCCUAAAUAUCCCAGAAAUACCACAGACCAAAAUACCCCAGAAAUACCACACGCAUACGGAUUUGUAGGUUAAUUAGCUGUGUAAAAUGGGCGGCAUGGACUCAGUAGGCUGAUGGGCCUGUUUCCGUGCUGUAUCUCCAAAACUAAAACUAAACCUGAGGUUUUUUUUUACAAUAAUCCAGAAGUUUCACGGCCAAGGCGGAUUCCUUACUUACUCUUAUCAACUUGUCCUCACCCUCAACAACAUCUCUUUUGACUCUUCUCACUUUGUUCAACAUGUUCUCCACCCCCAUGCCACCCUUGUACCUCUAUUCUUCAUUUACUAUCUCAUUACUAUUUUGUGAGGAAAUUAGUUAUCAUAUCACCACUUCAGAAAGGAGCUUAGUUUAGUUUUAGUUUAGAGAUACAACGCAGAAGCAGGCCCGUCAACCCUCUAAAACUAAAUGAAUCACAACUUCUCUUUCUGGAAGAGAAAUUAACCUGUAGUCUCAGUUUGAACUUCAGUACUAUUUAUUGAAUUAAUAGUAUUAUUGUAUUAAUAGUCUUUCAAGUUCACUUUUACCUUUGGAGUCAUAGUCAUGCAGCGAGGAAACAGGUAAUUUUUGUCCAACUUGCCCAAGCUGACCGACAUGCCGCAUCUACAUUCGUCCCAUCUGCUUGCAUUUGGCCCGUAUCUCUCCAAACCUUUCCUAUUCAUCUACCUGUCCAAAUGUCGUUUUAAAGGUUGGGACUGCAUCUGCCUGCACUAAUCCUCUGGCAGCACGUUCCACAUACCUACCAACCUUUGUGUAAAAAAAAAAAGUCGACCCUCGGAUUCCUACUGAUUCAUUCCCCCAUCACCUUAAACUUAUGCUCCCUUGUUCUUGAUUCCUCUACUCUGGGUAACAGACUCUGUGUUCACCUAAUCUAUUCCUCUCAGGACCUUAUACACAUGUGGCACAGUAGGGCAGCGGUAGAGCUUCUGCCUUACAGCGCCAAAGAUCCUGGUUCGAUCCUGUACGGUUGUCUGUACGGAGUUUAUACAUUCUCCUCAUGACCUGCAUUGUUUUCUCCGAGUUCUUUGCUUUUCUCCCACACUCCAACUAGGUUAAUUGGCGAUAUCAAUGUAAAAUUGUCCCUAGUUUGUGUAGGGUAGUGUUAAUGGGUGGGGAUCGAUGGAUUCGGUGGGCCGAAGGGCCUGUUUCCACGUUGUAUCUCUAAACUAAACUAAAAACCUUUGUAAACAUAGAAACAUAGAAAAUAGGUGCAGGAGUAGGCCAUUCGGCCCUUCAAGCCUGCACCGCCAUUUGAUAUGACCAUGGCAGAUCAUCCAACUCAGUAUCCCAUCCCUGCCUUCUCUCCAUACCCCCUGAUCCCUUUAGCCACAAGGGCCACAUGAGGAAAAUUACCCCUCAUCUUCCGAUGCUCCAAGGAAUCAAAUCGUAGCCUGCGCAACCUCUCCCUAAAGCUCAGGCCCUCAAGUCCUACCAACACCCUUGUGAAUCUUCUCUGCACUCUGUCCUGCUUUACAACAUCCUUCCUAUAGCAGGGUGACCAAAACUGAACACAAUACACCAAAUGUGGCCUCACUAACAUCUUGUACAAUGGUAACAUAACAUCCCAAUUAGAAUAGUCAAUAACCUGACUGAUGAAGGCCAAUGUACCGAAAGCCGACUUCACCAUCUUUUCAUAUUGUUCACAUCCAGUAUUGAAUCUGAAUUGUGAUGGUAUUCUCGCACAAAGCCAACUGAAAAUGUUUAUAGAGAGCACAGUUGAAUAUAUUAGAGAUUCAGAAAGAGCUAUGACAUUACUGAAGAAAUUCAAAACACUAUUUGAUUACCUACAUAAAGGCAGACUUGUUUCAUGCCAUGUUUAAGUUAAGAUACAGUAGUAUAUAGAUGGUCGGUGCAUGGCCCAAAAUUUGUUUUGAGAUAUGUUAGUAGCAUUUGGCCGACAAUUUUGCCUCACUGGCAUCUCAAAUUAUUGUAAGAAAGAUAAUAUUCCCUUUUUGCAUUUGAAUACAAGUCCUGGAAGGGUGCAAUAGCUUGAAUGAGCUGGUUGUUUUAGAAAUCCUUGAGUGCCAUAGAAAUAAUUAAAAUAAAAUUAUAAAUUUUUAACAAGGAUCCCAAGGCAUGAUUAUCACUCUAUUUUAGAAAUGUGAAGAGCUUUAUGCCUGCUUUAGGAGCCUCAUGGCUUAUAUGUUAUUUGGCAGAUAUUUGUUUUAAUUCUCUUGGUGUAUGUAAUCAAAUUUCCCUAUCCUAAUGUGGUCAAUGAGCUCUUAAACUCUUUAAAAUGGCCCCGGUUGUAUGUGCUUUUUUUCCUUGCGUUGGCGGCUGUAAAGAUAACCGCGGGUUGGGUUUCUAGAUGUGAUUUCUCUGUCUGUAAAGUAGAAUGCAAUCAAAAAUCAGAUGCCAGUAUAUCCAGUACCUCACUUUUGUCCCGUAAUCGGCAAUCAGCCCUGGCAAAUUCUGCUCAUUCUGAACUGUGGGGCAGGGUACAUUUCAUUUACGACAGGUCUCUAUAUUGAUGCAUUAUUCAUUUUCAUUGAGCCAUUAGCCUUCCAUAUAAAGGUAUGUUCAGCUA